UUCCGGAAAAUAAAUCCGUGAGUCUGAUUCCGGAAAAUAAAGACAAAAGAGAAAGAUGAUGAAGCAGGCGAGAUUUCUGGAUUGGUAUCUGAAGAUCGGGAUUGGAUCGGCUAUCGUCGGCGGAGGAAUGGAGUUCUUCAUGAUCAACACUGGUUUCUACGACAAGGUUACUGUACUAGAAGCCGAGAAACGUGCCUAUGAAAAUUCUCCUGAAGCUCAAGCCGUGAGAGAAGCUCUUAAUCCCUGGAGAAACAAGGACGCUGAAGCUACCAAAACUCCUCCUUAGUGAUCACUCAUUAAGUUUCGAGAUAUCAACUUUGCAAAUGCUCGCUCAUUCAAUCUCUGCUGUUUUGAGAUUUAAAGUUUUUCCUUUCUGCCUUUUUUUUUCCGUUUGCUAAAUGUAGCAGCUUUCAACACAUUUAUAUGUUAUGAAUCAAGAAGAUAUAACAUGCUUUACGUCUUUA